GGGGGGUGGGGGGGGGUUAAGGGAGGAACAGAAAGUGAAGCAGCAGCUAAUCAGUUUGGAGCUGCAGGACGAUGAAGCUGCUGCUGGUUCUGGUUCUGGUUCUGGUCUCUGUGCAGCGUUCAGAGUGUGUGCGGUGUUUUGCACACUUUGACCUGACCUCGGGGCAGUGUGAUGAAGAGAUCGGUGAGGUUGAUGAAGACGACUGCUGUCAGAACAUUCAGUACGGAUAUCAGGAAGCAGACGGGGGGUGUCAGUCCUGUGGUCCUCUGGUGUGGGCAUCCUGGUCGUCAUGGUCACCGUGUACCGCUCUGUGUGGGCAGGGAGUGAGACAGAGGACCAGGAAGUGUUUUGGAAUCGGCCAAUCAGACUGUGGCAGCAGAGACGAAAAACUGCAGACGGAACCGUGCAGCGGAACCUGCUGCGAUGAUAAGGGGUGGGGCUUGUGGCUGCCCUGGUCUCCGUGUUCUGUUUCCUGUGGAGAAGGAACCAGGAAGAGGAAGAGAAUCUGUUCCAGUUCAGCUGAGUGUAGUUCAGCCUGCAGCGGACCCUCAGAGGAGACAGACACCUGUCCUACACACACCACCUGUCCAGUCCAUGGUGGUUGGUCAGACUGGUCUAACUGGUCCCAGUGUUCUGGUUCGUGUAUUGAUGACCAGCGCAGUGAUGUCAUCGCCCCCUCCAGACAGCGACAGCGUACCUGUUCAAGCCCCGCCCCCUCUAGUGACACGGUGCCACCUGGCAACCGUUGCCCUGGAGACGAUGUGGACGUACAGGCCUGCAGCGAGCUCCCCAACUGUCCAGUGGACGGCAGCUGGGGGGCGUGGUCUCCGCCCGGGAAGUGCUCCGCCUCCUGUGGGGAGGGGCUGCAGCUGUCAAUCAGAGCCUGCGAUAGUCCCGCCCCCAAAUAUGGAGGACGAUUCUGUGAAGGACAGAGUGCUCAGAGCAGCAAGUGUCUCAGUGUUUGUGCAGUGGACGGGUCCUGGUCUGGCUGGUCCAGUUGGGGGGAGUGUUCCUCUUCCUGUGUCUCAGUAGACCGCCCCCCCCUCAGGACUCGUCACCGCUCCUGUUCAAACCCCCCCCCUUCAUCCAGCCCCCCCGGCAAAGGUUGCCAUGGUGACGACAGCCAAACAGAGAACUGUAACCACCUGCCUCACUGCUCAGUGGAUGGAGGAUGGGGGUCUUGGCCCUCCUUCUCUUCCUGUCCUGUUACUUGUGGAGUCGGCCUGCAGCUGUCACUCAGGAAAUGUGAUAGUCCCGCCCCCAAACACGGCGGUCAGCCUUGUGCUGGAGAGGAACGCAGAACCAACAUCUGUACAACCAACGUACACUGUCCAGUGGACGGCGUGUGGUCCGAGUGGUCGUCAUGGAGCCAGUGUAAGUCCCCGUUCCCUAACAAAGUCAUCAAAUGUAAGCAGCUGCCGGGCAGUCAGACUCGAGACCGGCAGUGUCUCCAUCGAGCUCACAACGGGUCCAUCUGCAGCGGGGAAGGACUCACGGACCGACGAUACUGCUAUGAUAUCACCGGCUGUCACAUGAAGGGCACCUGGGAGGGAUGGGAGCCGUGGACGUACUGUAACCCUCCCUGUGGAGGAAACCCCCGACGCGCCAGGAAGAGGAAGUGUAAACCUGACUUCAGCGGCUACAGGCCGACGGUCGGGCGUCUGAAGGAGAAAGCGACGUUCUUCGGGGAUCCGACUGCAGACUGCGGAGACGUGCCGCUCAACGAGAAGUUUCAGGUUGAACAAUGUCUCAACGUGCCGGCCUGCACCUGAAUACUCCAUCUGUCCUCUCUGUCCUCAC